AUGUCUUGUGACCAGAGAGCCUAUCCCGCCAGCAACCAGACUUGGCGAAUUCUUGCCCACGCUAAUGAGCAUAACUAUGCCGUUGGUGCUUACAAUUGCUACAAUGAUGAUGGAGUGAUGGCCGUUAUUCGGGCUGCGGAACGUAAACGCUCCGCUGCAAUCAUCCAGCUCUUUCCCUGGACUAUGCACUUCCAGGGAACCCAGUUUAUCCACUAUGUGAUCAAUGCCGCACACUCGGCGUCUGUACCCAUCGCGGUACACCUGGACCACUGCAUCAAGCCUGAAGAUGUGGAGCAGGCUUUGACAAUUCCGUUUGAUUCAAUCAUGGUGGAUGCCUCGACGCUAGAUGAAGAGGAAAACAUUCGCCAAUGCAAAGCUGUUGUCGAUCGGGCCCGAGAACUCAACAUGACCAUCGAAGCUGAGAUGGGCCGAAUCGAAGGAGGCGAGGACGGACUUCCAUCCGUGGACUCGGGUACGGUCCUCACCCGGCCUGACGAAGCGGAAGCUUUUGUUCGGAGGACCGGUGUACAUUUUCUCGCGCCGUCUUUCGGAAACAUCCAUGGCGGAUACCCUCCCGGAGGGGCAGACAAGUGUUGGGAUCUUCCUCGCCUUGCUGCAAUCGGAGAGUUGGUGGCCGGCUCGACGCCGCUAGCCCUUCAUGGUACUCAUCCUGUGAGCGAUGCUCUCUUUCAAAAAACAAUUUCUUUGGGUGUUCGAAAGAUAAAUCUCAACCGGACAGUUCGAGAUGAGUAUACGGAGUUCGUGACCAAGAAUUCUGGUAAUCUCGAAUUGACUGUUCUCAAGAUGCAAGCAGUGGAGAUAUAUGUGAGAUCCGUUGAGAGAAUGAUGGAUGUUCUGGGAUCUGCAGAGCGCUACUAG